CGCCCGCGGCCGCCGCCGGGGGCAGCGCCAUGAGACAAAAGGCGCGGUAGGGGCCGGUGCCGGUGCCCAGGCCGCGCUCCGUGGUCACCGGAGCAUGGUGGCCCCACGCUGCUGAGUGCGGCCCGGCCCGGCCCGCAGAGCCUCUCCGCCAUGCCGAGCGGCAGCACCGCCGCGGCCUCCCUCGCCGCCGAGCCCACCGAGCUGCCGCCGCUGCCUCCUCCCCGUCCGCCGCCGUCGCCGUUGCUGGUGCUCCAGCAAAGCUUCGCCGGCCUCGGCCUCCGCGGCCAAGGAGGGGUAGGAGCGGCCCAGAGGCGAGCCCGGCUGCGGGAGGCAGGCCUGGCUCCGGCCGAUACCCCCCUGGAGCCGGGGCCUCGAGGGUCAGAGGAGGAGGAGGAGGAGGAGGCCGGGGACGAGGCGGACCUGGAUCUGGAGCUGGACGAGGAGGAACUGCUGGCGGGGGAGGACGCGCCGGAGGAGGACCAGGACACGGCGGCCGUGCUGGUGCUGUCGCCCUCCCAGCCGCUGUCGCUGCUGCCGCCGCUGGGCUCCGUGCUCCUGUCGCCUUCCUUGGACGUGCGGGAGCCGGCGGCUGCGGGAGCGUUCCGCGGGGGGCACGAUCCUCCGGGCAUGAUGGCGGCGAUGCUGUCCCGUGCCUACGGCGGCGGCCUGGGCAGCGGGGCCGCGGGCCUCAGCAGCGAGCAGGCGGCUCUGCUCCGCCGGAGGAGCGUCAACACCACCGAGUGUGUGCCCGUGCCCAGCUCGGAGCAUGUGGCCGAGAUCGUGGGGAGACAGGGUUGCAAAAUAAAAGCACUAAGGGCCAAGACAAAUACUUACAUUAAGACCCCUGUUCGUGGAGAAGAACCCAUCUUUGUUGUCACUGGACGAAAAGAGGAUGUAGCCAUGGCCAAAAGGGAAAUUCUCUCAGCUGCCGAACACUUCUCCAUGAUCAGAGCGUCACGCAACAAGAACGGUCCUGUCCUGGCAGGUUUGCCAUGUACCCCCAACCUGCCAGGUCAGACAACUGUCCAAGUCAGGGUGCCUUACCGUGUAGUUGGGCUGGUGGUUGGUCCAAAAGGAGCUACAAUCAAAAGAAUUCAGCAGCAGACCCAUACCUACAUAGUCACUCCCAACAGAGACAAGGAGCCUGUCUUUGAAGUCACGGGGAUGCCUGAAAAUGUGGACCGUGCACGUGAGGAGAUAGAGAUGCACAUAGCGAUGCGCACCGGGAACUACAUCGAGCUGAGCGAGGAGAAUGACUUCCACUACAAUGGUACAGAUGUGAGCUUCGAAGGAGGCACCCUCAGCUCAGCAUGGAUCCCCUCUAACCCCGUCCCACGUAGCCGUACCAGAAUGAUCUCUAAUUACAGAAAUGACAGCUCCAGCUCCUUGGGAAGUGGUUCCACAGAUUCCUAUUUUGGAAGCAAUAGAUUGGCUGACUUCAGCCCAACAAGUCCCUUCAGCACAGGUAACUUCUGGUUUGGAGAAGCGCUGCCUUCAGUUGGCACGGAAGAUCUUGUGGCCAACUCUGCCACGUAUGACUCCUUGCCAACGCCUUGCCAAACCAUCUGGACUCCUUUUGAACCGGUAAACCCUCUCUCUGGCUUCGGUAGCGAUGCUGCAAGCAAUGCCAAGCCUCGGCGCCAAGCCAGCCAGCCAUCUACUCCUCACUUGUCACCCACAUUUCCAGAAAGCCUGGAUCACUCGCUGGUGAGGAGAGCGACAAGCGACCCACCUACCGUCAUCCACCAAGCUGGCCUUCCCGUAUACAUCCCUGCUUUCUCCAAUGGUACCAACAGCUAUUCCUCUUCCAAUGGUGGCUCCACAUCCAGCUCACCCCCCGAGUCAAGACAGAAGCAUGACUGCGUGAUCUGCUUUGAGAGUGAAGUCAUUGCGGCCCUGGUCCCCUGUGGCCACAAUCUCUUCUGCAUGGAGUGUGCCAACAAAAUCUGUGAGAAGGAGAUGCCAUCGUGUCCUGUUUGCCAGACAGCUGUUACUCAGGCAAUCCAAAUUCACUCUUAAACACAUAUGGAUAUUAUAUAUGGACUGUUAAAGGCAUGGGUGUAAUGGCACCUGCUGGUAAACUUCUUAAUGAAUUCUGACUAUUGAGCUUUCUAGGGAUUAGGCUGAAGUUGUUAAUGAAUUUCUGCUUUCUCAAAAGGCUGCUAUGGUAACACUAAAUGUAGGUGGUCUCUGUCCGGUUCACUGUAAGCAGAUGGCACAUGAAGCAUAGAGUGAGCUGGUGUGGUGAUACGGCACAGCAAGGGGAAGUGUUCAUCAGUUGCACAACUGAAAAGAAGCACGUUGUAUGAGCUUUCUAAAGGAUCAUUGUUAACAUUUGAGUUGUGUGUGCUGGCAGCAGUGAACCUCAUUGCCUGAACUCAGAAGUGCUCGUCUGCUGUGGAGAGUUUGUGGCAUUACCAAUAUAUCAACACUUCCAAUGCUGCCUUCUUUACACUGCCAGUUGUGAAAAACAGGUUUGGGGAAAUACAGAUCUUAUUUUUGCUUCGUGCAUAACUUAGGCCUGAUUCUUCAGCAUUGCAGUUAAAGCAUGGUUUGAUUUGGGUGAUGUUAGUGGCAGGUUCAGAUAAUGAGUUACAGUGAGGGAGGGAAGCUGCUCAACACACCUCCGUUUUGCCCAAUGUUAAGGGCAGUAUGUUUAGAGGAUCAGGAGCAUCUAGAUUUAUGAAUUCCUACCCACUGCUUUUCUUAAUGCAAUGUAGAAAAGUCCGGCUGGCUCCAUCCUGUUUCAGAGAGGGAUGCCCAUAGUUCAACUUCUAGUGGGGAUGCUGACAUUCCGUUCAUUAGUUCCGAUCAAGCUGUCCUUAAAUUACAUUUGUAGCGAGUGUGUAGUUGAAAAUGUGAAGCAUUUUUUGUGUUCAAUCCAUACUUGUCUUGCACAUAUAUAAAUAAUAUAUUCUAUUUUUAGUAAGGUAAAGGAGAAACGGGGAGUUGCACACGUGCCCAUGUAUUGCUUAUGACAGCAACUGUGACAGUGGCCCUGCAAUCAGUUUACUUCAUUUCAAAUUUGUCUUUUCAAUCAUUUAAAAAAUGAAAAAAAAACCUAAAAAAAACCCAACCAAAACCCUAAAAAGAAAGAGUUUUCAGUGCGCUUCUUACAUUUCAACCUGUGGAUGUUUGUAGUUGCUUCAUCCUCGGUAGGUUCCCAAAUCUGUGCUGGCAUAUUUAAAACAAUUUAAAAAAACAAAAAAAAGAAAAAAAAACAAAACCAAAAACAAACAAAAAGAAGACACAAAAUGGAGUUCUGGUGGAUUUUUUUCUAACUUUUCUUUUUCCGGAGCAUUAUUUUCCCAAGACAAAGUUUUUUCUCAACUUAAGAAAAUGAAAUUAUAUGUGUACUGAACUAGUAAAUAUACAGAAAAAUUUAUUUUUUAUUUCCACUUGAAGAGUUACAUUUCGUAUAAAGAGUUUACAAAUAACGGUUUUUAUUUCAUGAUUUUCGGUAUAAGAGUUGCCUUGAUGGCACAUUAUGUAUUGCAUAACUUCAAUGCUAUGAUUGCUUCUAGGGUAGUUACAUGUCAGUAUUGAAUCCUAAUCUGUAGCUGCAGUCUUGUAGAUGAAAACAAGCGUUCACGGGGCAUGUAUUUUGUAUUAUACUGCAUUGUACACCACAACUAAUAAGCCAAGGAGCCGACAGAUGUUAGCUGGGUGUACUGUUUCUAUAAACCACAAACUUAAGAAUUAUGAACUAUCAAUAUAGUUUAGUAUUUGCUAAUUUUACUACACUUUUUGUUAUGUAUAUGUAGGGAGGUCAUAGGGGUUAUUCGAGUAAAGUUUUAAAACCAUAUAUUUUAUGAUAAAGGGCCUUUAACUUAUGAUGGCCAAAGCACUGAUAUUAUAUAUUUGCUGUAAAGAGAAUUAUAAGAGUUUUAUUUUUCUGAUAUUAAGUUACUUAAUAAAGACUCGUUUCCAUUAA